GUUUAUGGGGUGGGGGCGCGGUUUAGGGUCGGGGCUCGGUCCCAUACGCAGCGCCGCUGCCCUUCCGCGUCCAAAACGGGCCGGGCUGAGCCGAAUUGGGCCAUGGGGCAGAUUGAGUGGGCGAUGUGGGCCAACGAGCAGGCGCUGGCGGCUGGGCUCAUCAUGCUGACCGGUGGCAUCGUGGCGGUGGCGGGGCAGUUCAAGGGCUGGUACUUCGCCGUCUACGCCAUCGCUGCAGGCGUCUUCGUCUGCCUGCUCGAGUACCCCCGCAGCAAGCGCAAGAGGGGCUCCACCAUGGAGCGCUGCGGCCAGAAGUACAUGACGGCGGUGGUGAAGGUGUUCGGACCCCUGACCAGGAAUUACUACGUCCGAGCCGUCCUGCACGCUGCGCUCGCCGUCCCCGCUGGCUUCCUCCUCUCCACCAUCCUGGGCACCGUCUGCUUGGGCAUCGCCAGCGGCAUCUACCUGCUGGCGGCGGUGCGCGGCGAGGAGUGGAGCCCCAUCGAGCAGAAGCCCCGGGAGCGGCCGCGCGGGGGGGACACCAUCAAGCAGCCCCCCAGCAACCCCCCGCCACGGCCCCCCGUCGAUACACGCAGGAAGCAGCCGGCAGAAGAAGGGGGCCAGGUCAACCCCAUCCCCGUGGAGGCCGAAUAAUGCCCCGGGGGGGGGCAGCUUCUGCUGCUUGUGGCCCCCUUUCCACCUCCACCCGCUUCCCUGCUGCGCCCUGGGGGCACCGUGGUGCCUGGAGGGGGUCCCCAAAUCCCCGGGGGAUUCUCAGGUCCUUGUGGCCCCCCCGGUGCUCCCCAAAUCUCCAGGGGAUGCUCAGGUCCUUGUAGCCCCCUGGGGGCUCCCCGUAUCCCCAUGGCAGCCCCAGCUCCCCCCCACCAGCCACGCAGCUCCGCUCGCUGCACCCGCUCCUGCCUUGGUUUCAUUUUUAACGUUUUCAGCGCUUUUUUUGCAAUAAAACAACCAAAAAGUCCCAGA